UUCACGCUUAAUUCAAUGUGUGUAAAAAGCUAUUUCGCACUCGCUCGGAAUAAAGAUUUUUAAUGUAUAAUAUUUAGUGUGUUUUAAGAUAAUUUAAUUUUUAUGAAUUAAAAAGAUAUUUUUAAAUACUUAUUAUUGUCUUAUAAUUACUAUGAAUCAUGGAAUGUUCACAUUUAUUAGAUAACGUCAAGUUGUUUAGCGAACUCAACAUUGAGGACACCACAAUCACAAAGAACUUCAAAUGUUCAGAAUGUUCAGUAACAGAACAGAAUUGGCUAUGUUUACAAUGUGGCAUUGUAAGCUGUGGAAGAUACAUAAACGGACAUGCAAAGAAACAUUCAGAAACUUUUGACCAUCAACUAUGCAUGAGUUGUGAUAUGUACUCAGUCUAUUGCUACAAGUGUGAUGAAUAUGUUUCAAAUGAUACAGAAGAGCAUAUUAUUGACAAAAUUAGACAAAGUAUUAAAACCGCUAACAGCAAAGAAGAUUGUGAUCCUAACAAUGAUCAAAAUACUGAUGAAUGUGAAGAUAAAAAUAAUAUAACAAAUGAGUCAAAAGAUAAGUCAGAAACUGAACCUAGUGAAAGUAAUCCUACCCUGGAAAAUACCGAUACUUGUAAUGUGGAUGCACAGCCAAGUAUAGCAGAGGGCAGUGAGAAUAAAGUAAGAGUAUCAAAGAAUGUUGAAGAACCUGUGCGGAGCCUACGUCCCAGAUCUAGAAAGCGAUCUCAUUCCAAUGACAGUCACACAUCAGAAAACAGUAUGCAGUCCAGCAAGUCUAAAGAGAAAAAAGUAUCCCCAAUAAAUGGGAAGAAUCAUAGGGAUAAAAAAAUAGUCGGCUUAAAGAAUUUAGGGAAUACAUGCUUCAUGAAUGCUGUAUUGCAAAGUUUGAACAACAUACAGGAAUUUAGCUGUUAUUUUAGUCAGUUGCCAUCUUUGGAGAUGAAGACCAAUGGGAGGAAGGUUUAUCAUUCCAGAAGCUAUACUCGGCAGGAGAUGCAUGAUGUAAUUAUGGCAGAGGAGCUUAGGAAGGUGCUGAUAAAUCUCAACAAUGGCGGGUGUGGUUCCAAAGGGGCCAUAUCUCCGGAAUGCCUGUUCCUUGUCAUAUGGAAGGUGGUGCCGAGGUUCAGGGGCUAUCAGCAACAGGAUGCGCACGAGUUUCUCAGAUAUAUGCUUGAUAGAUUACACACGGAGUUAUUGCAGCUGUUGCCUCCGGAUAAGGCGGAAGGAGGAUUUGUGCCGAAAGCGCCCUCAGCAUCUAUCGUUACUGCAGUAUUUGGAGGGACUCUGCAGAGUGAGGUUCGAUGUCUGGCGUGCGGCACGGAAAGCAAGAAGUUCGAUCCAUUUCUAGAUCUUUCGUUGGAACUACCGGAGGGCGGCCCGGUGUCGCUCGCCGACUGUUUGUCGAGCUUCGUACAGAUCGAAGAGCUUGCGGACACGGAACGUUACUUCUGCAGUAGUUGUAAAUGUAAACAAAAGUCAACCAAGCAGUUUUGGAUUCGGAGACUUCCCAAUGUCUUGUGUCUACACCUCAAGCGGUUUAGAUGGAAUAAUUAUUUUAGAACGAAAGUGGACACGACGAUCACGUUCCCGCUGCGCGCGCUGGACAUGUCGCGGUUCGUGCUCGCCAACGUGCCCGACACGCGCCGCUCCGGGCUCGGCAACUACCUGUACGACCUCGCCGCCGUCAUCGUGCACCACGGCUCGGGCGCCGGCUCCGGGCACUACACGGCGUUCGCGAUAAACGAAGAGCAAUGGUUCCACUUCAACGACCAGACGGUCCGCGCCACGGACUCGUCCGCGGUCGCCACGUGCAAGCCCUACAUCAUGUUCUACAUACGCCGCGAGUUCUCGCUCCCCACCGCCACGUGACCACACAAAUACAGAUUAAAUAAAUAUUCCUAGCUGACAGUAUUGAUUAAAAAAAAUUUUUUGAAAAUCGAACACCCCCGUUCGAUGUUUGAUGUUGCAAUUUGAAAUUCGUAUCACAUAUUCUAGAAUGUUUGAAACAAUAAUAAUACGCGUCUCGCUACCCACCUUUAUUCAUGCCAACGUUAAUAAGUAAUAGUUCAUUGAUAAGUUUGCAGUACUUGUAAUACUAUAGUUGAUCUCAGUCAUAUCGCAUACUCUGGCAUUUUCGGCGCAUUCGAUGCGUAAAAAAAUGUAAGACCGUGACGUUAUGUUUAAGUUUGUGAGAGAUGUUUCAUAUCUUUUACUAUGAGCUUAGAAACGAAAAGUAUUUGAGCUGUUUGUCUUAUUUAAAUAAUUAAAAUUUACAAUUGCACAGCCACUUAAAAUGUAUUGGGAGAAAAUUAUAACAUAACCUGUACAAUGUACGUGAUAGUUAUAAUUAUUACAGUUCGAUAUUUAUAAACAUUUCAUGAAUGGAUUAAACAUGUCUAAUGUAUAUCUUAUUAAAAUUGUAGAACAAAAUAUACUUAAUUAGAAAAAUGAUUCAUUUAGAGCUUAUAUAGUUAACUUAUGAAGAUAAAUGUAAUUUACACGAAAGUUGACUUUAGCAACUAUUUUUGUCACGUUCUAUGAGAUUUUAUGUUUUGAUGCCAUCAGGUUCUUUUAAAUGUUCUGGAUUAUAUUUAUUUGUGCUUUUUUAUGAACACUGUAAGCAGCUCAUACAUUCAUUUUUAACAGAGUAAAAUUAAGGUAAAUAAAUACAAAAUAUAUAAUUUCAAAAAUUCUUAAAACCUUGUAAAUUUUUUUAACUUUCUACCAUGAAAGGAUUGCUAUGCUAAAGAAAUAUUCAAAAAUAUAAUUUAGUUUGCAUGUUCAUGGUAUAUGUAUAUUAAAAAUGUUUAGGCGGUCGGUGAAAUUAUCCAAAAGAAUUGAAUCUUUAAGUUGAAAUUCUAGAUCUUACAUAACCUAGCCGAUAAAAAUGUGUAUUAAAUAGACAUUCGCAUGUCAUCUCUCUCGCACGCUUGUGAUCAAUCGCAUGCUAUCUCUCUCGCACUAUUGCGAAUAGUCACAAUUUAAUAUUCGUUUUAUAUCGGCAGAAUCUGUCACCAUUUUAAUUUUACUCUGUUUUAAGUGAAAAUAAUAAGUUUUUCUGUAUUCUGUAUUUUAUCUACAAUUUUGGAAUAUAACUUGGUAGCCUGACAUUCCUCGGUGUUUGAGCUGGACUCUUUUUCUAACUUUAUAGCCUAGCAUAGAUAUUAAAUAAUGAUAUAGGAAUGAUAUUGUAAUCCUAGCAGGAAUGAUGAUCAUGCUUUUAAUUUUUGUUGUAUUGCAUUUCUUCAGAAAUACAAUGUUUUUUUGUGAAAAUAGCGUACAAGCCUUAAUAAUGGUUUAAAAAAAAUAUGGAAUUCAAAUUGGGUGUCUGAUUAGCCAAAGUUGAGUUGGCCAGUUGUCUGGUAAUAUCCGCUUAUAAUUUGUUUCCGCGGAUCGAGCAUUUUAUAUUAAGUACAAGGUAUUAUUUUAUAAGAAGUUGAAAUAAGGAGGUUUCAACCAUACAUUCCCGUUACAGGUAUCUGAUGAAUUGACGUUUUUAUUCAGUGCUUUACAAAUUCUGUGUCCUUCAAUAUUGUGAUAGUAUAAUGCAUGUAAAUAAAACUUUUGAAUGAUCUUUUUAACAUUUCUUUGCAAUGUAAAUCGACCUUUGUGACAGAUGUAUUUUGUCUAAGUACUUCAAUUACUGGGAGUUCAAAGUGAUUGAAUUUAAUAAAUUCGCAAUUGAAAA